UUUUCCACGACUGCUUCAAUUAACAUCGCACAGGAGUGUGAAGAGGCCAGAUGCGGAGGACGCAGCAUCGAGGUGGGGUGACCAGCCAGCCUCCCAGGGGAUAAAGAAACCCAGAUGGACAAAGACUAAGAAAUACACUUCUCUUCUUAGAGGAGCUUGCUUGUGCUCCCCCCAGCCCAAAAGCCACCAACUGCUAGAGGAGACAUCAGAAGACAGAACACAUAAACCCAAUUCCUACCCCAAGACUCUCAUCGCGUCCCAAAGAAACAAGUGUUCAUUUCUCAAGGAAAAAGCGGAAAACGUUCAACAUUGGAAUCGACUAUCAUGGAGAUCACGGAUCAUGACACCCCCCAGGAUGGAUCCACAUCCUCAAGUAAUCAGAGGACCAUUAGUGAAGACAGUCUUUCGUUGAUUGAAGCUGUUAAAGAGGGGAAUGUUGACAGGAUUCAGCAAUUGCUGGAAAGAGGGGCUGAUGUCAAUGUCUGUGAAGACAUGGGGGGCUGGACACCUUUGCACAGUGCAGUGCAGUUUGGCAGGGUAGACAUUGUCGAGCUCCUGCUUCGUCAUGGUGCUGACCCCCGUCGAAGGAAGAAGAAUGGGGCCACUCCCUUCAUCAUCGCUGGGAUCCACGGAGACGUGAGACUGCUCGAGAUUUUCCUCUCUAAAGGAGCAGAUGUCGAUGAGCAGGACUUGAACGGCUUCACGGCUUUCAUGGAAGCUGCCGAGUAUGGUAACGUCAAAGCCUUAAGAUUCCUUUUUGGUAAAGGAGCCAAUGUGAAUUUGAGACGGGAGACCACAGAAGACAGAAGGCGACUGAGGCAAGGAGGGGCCACAGCUCUUAUGAGUGCUGCUGAAAACGGCCACACAGAAGUCCUGAGUAUUCUCCUCAAGGACAUGGGGGCAGAAGUCGAUGCCCGGGACAAUAUGGGCAGAAAUGCCUUGAUCCGUACUCUGCUGAACUCCGAUAGUGAAAAUGUGGAGGAGAUUACUCGCCUUCUGCUCCACCACGGGGCUGACGCUAACGUGAGAGGAGAGGCGGGGAAGACACCCCUGAUCUCUGCAGUGGAAAGGAAACACACAGGUUUGGUGCAGAUGAUACUGGAUCAGGAGGGAAUAAACAUCGAUGACAGAGAUAGCCAGGGCAAGACAGCCCUGCUAAUCGCUGUUGAACUCAAACUGAAAGAAAUCGUCGAGUUGUUAUGUGCUAAGGGAGCCAAUACCAAGUGUGGGGAUCUUGUUGGGAUAGCCAGGAGGAAUUAUGAUCCUUCCCUUGUAGACCUUCUUCUCCGUUAUGGAGCUAAUGAUCAAACCGGCCCUUCUGCUGUAGACAGGUUGCCUCAUAGUUCACGCUGGGAGGAAGCCUUGAAAAGACUUCACCGUAUGUCUCGACCCAUGAUUGGCAAACUCAAGAUCUUUAUGGACAACGAAUUUAAAAUUUCUAGCACUUCUGAAGGGGGCAUCUACCUGGGGUUCUAUGACAAUCGAGAGGCGGCUGUGAAGGUCUUCCGUGAGGACAGCACACGUGCACGUAAUGAGGUUUCCUGUCUGCAGGGCUGCCUUGGACACAGUAACUUCGUGACUUUCUAUGGGCGUGAGACCAGCAAGGGCUGUUCAUAUGUGUGUAUGUCCCUGUGUGAUUGGACACUGGAAGAAUUCCUGAAAGGGCACAGAGAGGAACCCGUGGAGAAUGGGGAAGAUAAGUUUGCCCGCAAUGUCCUCUUGUCUAUUUUUGAGGCUGUUAAAAAACUACACUUGCAUGGAUACAUCCAUCAGGAUCUGCAGCCACAAAACAUUUUAAUAGACUCCAAGAAAGCUGUUCGCCUGGCAGAUUUUGAUCAGAGUAUCCAGUGGAAGGAAGAUCCACAGACGGUCAAGAGAGACUUGGAGGCCCUUGGACGGCUGGUCCUCUAUGUGGUAAAGAAAGGUGAGAUCCCUUUUGAGACACUGAAGGCUCAAAAUAGUAAAAAGGUGAUUAAAAAGUCUUCAGACGCGGUGACUAAGGACCUCAUUUAUUGCCUGUUUUAUCCUGAAAAGAAUGUAAUGAACUGUCUGGAGGACCUGCUCGGCCAUCCUUUCUUUUGGACUUGGGAGAACCGCUACAGAACACUUCGGGAUGUGGGGAAUGAAUCUGACAUAAAACAACCAAGAUAUGAAAGUGAGCUUCUCAAACAACUGCAGUCUCGGACACCUGAACCUUCCAGAAGUUUCUAUCAGUGGAAAUCUAAGAUCGACGAACAUGUUAUGGGAAAAAUGGAUUAUUUCUAUACAAGAAAUGACAGAAAACCUUAUCAGGACACUGUGGGUGACUUACUAAAGUUCAUUCGGAAUAUAGGAGAACACAUCGAUGAGGAUAAAAAUAAGCAAAUGAAGGAGAGAAUUGGAGAACCUUCUCGUUAUUUUCAGGAGACAUUUCCAGAUCUCGUAAUCUAUGUCUACAAGAAACUACGGAACACAGAAUACAGAAAACAUUUUCCUCAGGCUCCAUCAAGCCUCAGUGUGCCCGAGACAGCGGGACCAGCGGACCUACAGAGCUGAGGCUUGCAAGCUCAAGGAACCGAUUUUUAAUCUGUAUAGUUCUUGGCAAAUUGCAUAUCUGUGAUCUCUUAGGUAAUCUGGUUGUUUGUGAGGGCUGAGUUAGCUAGCCAGCAUGUCAGUUUCUGAUACACUGUUCCACACAAUCACAAAAGCGGUGUACUACAAAACUGUACUACUCCAUUUUGGUGGGUAGAAUAGGGAGAGCCUUCUGUUAAGAUUUCACUUUUUUAAAAAAUGUGUGUGUGUGUGUGUGUGUGUGUGUGUGUGUGUGUGUGUGUGUGUGUAGGGGGGGCACACAUGUCACAUGUGGAAGUCUGAGGACAACUUCUUUGUGGAGUUGAUUCUCUUCUUCUACCAUUAUAUGGGUUUUGGGGAUCAAAUUCAUGUUGGGAGACUUUCAUGGCAAGCACCUCUACCCACCUGAGUCAUAUCACCAGCGUGAUUCCUAUUAUAUUAAUUGCACCAAAGGAAUGAGUAUCAAGACCCUGUGCCUGUGUGUUUUAUGUUUAUCUCAUUUAAUUCUUCCAAUGAUCUUGCAAAACAGAAAUUCAUUAUCUCCAUUUAAGAACCAAGGCUUGGAGAGUCUGAAUGACUUGCCCAAGAUCAUACAGCCUGUCAGAGCAGUGUCUAAAAAGAUGUAACAUUAUUGUUGCAUCUCACCUGGGGGCUUUAAACACAAUCAACAUCUCUUCUGGAUGAAACUCAGAAGGAAUUCGCCAAAGGGCUCCAGGAGGCUUCGUUAUCAUUCAGUAUUUGGUCCCUAGCUAAAUGAAUCCCAUUUUUUCUGUAAGCACUAGUACUGGUUUCUCCUGACCUCAAGGUCAUAGUUCUCACUUGGAAUCAUUUGUUAGUGUCGUAGCUGGGGGGAAUGGCACGACUGGCAUUGAGUAAGUAUGAACCAGGGAUGCCAUCAAACAUUCUGUGAUGCAUAAAGCAGCCCUCUCACGACACCACACUGUGCAGACUAAAUAUCAGUGGUGCUGAGGUUGACAAAGACUGUCUGAAGGGAUUGGGAUACGUUUGAGCUGGCCUUGGGCCUAGGGCUGUGAAGUACAUGGAACACCUCCCAGAAGAAUGACUUGGGUGUAUUUUCUUGAUGCUGGAUCUGAAAUGAAGUGGUUCCUUCUGGCGUCCACACAGGAGUCCUCAUCUUCCCUUAAUUCCCAUGCUCAUGGUGCACAUGCUCUGUUUGUGGUGCUCUACCAUCUCCCUGACACAUUGUCACCUCAGUGUGUGCUUCAUCCCAAUUGUCCUUUUGUCCCCCUGCCCCUGAAUCAAAGCUCCCUAAGGCCUUUGUAUCUUUACUGCCUAGUAAUGCUUGAUAAAUCUUCACUGAGUAAUCAACAGAUCACCCUUGUACAUGGAUGAUGAUGAUGAUGAUGAUGAUAUGAUGAUGAUGAUGACAACAACGAUGAAUUUAUGGAUUUUAUACAUUAUACCUACAUAUUUUAAAAUCUAAUUUUGUUUUGAAAACAGUACUGUAAGGCAAACACUGUGAUCUUUAUUUUGAUAACGAGGAAACUAAGGCUAGAAAUAUUUUUAUGUACUCUGGGCAUAUAGCAUGAGAUUUGGACUGUUUUGGUUUGGACAGAUUUUCUGGUGUGACAUCUGGGGUUCUUUCUACCUAUCAUUGUGGUGGCUGAGAUGGAGUUUUGGAAUGGGAAUUAGAUAGUAUCUUAGAUUCUUUCCAAAAAGGAGGUAUCUGGAAAUGACUAGAUGGCUGUCACUGCAAGGAGUUACGGUCCACUGGAAGAGACAAAUUCAUGGCUUAAAAGAAGGUUUUUAAGCAGAGUUAUUGCUUUAGGUUUUAAAAUUGAGCUUUGUUAUCUGACUUGAAUAUGUCAAUCAAAAUGUCCAUGUGUGAAGCAUACCCAAUACAAAAUUGAAUCAUUUCAUUAAGUUGGACUUUCUGUGAAUGACUUGUGAGGUCUACAAUAGAACAGAUGAAUCAAGCAAUU